AGAAGCACAAAGGGCAUAACAAACCUCUUACUGUAUCCAUUUUCUGCAAACUCUCUCUCUGCAAUGAUAUGCCUUUCCUACCUCUUUCCUUAAACUAAUUAGAAGCAAUAAAAGCCAGCAUCCUGCUCCAUUUCUUCAACAACAAUCUAACUGCAAUCAUUAAAGAUUAAAUGAAAGCAUUAGCUGUCUUCAGAUCCAAGCUUUUCAGUCCAUGCAAGAAACUACUGUUACUCUUCAGAUUCAAGCUCAAAAGACCUGUCUUUAUAAGAGGUCUUCAACUUCGUCGUCGCAGCAAGAAACCCAGAAAAGCUCCUCAAAAGAAUCGAGUUUUUAAUUCUUUGCUCUCCGUUUUUCAUCCUCUUAGGAAGUCGAGAAAGAUGGACAGAGUUUCCGAACUUAGGAGCGUCUCAGAACCGGAGUGUGAAAGAAUGCUUUUUCCAUCACCUCUUACACCAGCUUAUAUCAAGGCCAGUUUGGAAAAGAAAAGGCAAACCUUCGGUGAUGAAGAUGUAGAAGAUGCGUGCAGAAGUUUCGAGAACUAUUUGGUAGAGAUGAUGGUUGAAGAGGGGCAAGUGAGGGAUUUAAUGGACGUGGAAGAGCUAUUGUAUUGCUGGAAAAACCUGAAGUGUCCCGUCUUCAUUGAUUUGGUCGGUAGAUUCUAUGGAGAGCUAUGCAAGGACUUGUUCUCUCCCGAUGACGACAACACUGACAUAAAUAGUCCCAAGUGAUUCUGCAACUAGUGUCACGGUCCCUGUCUUCCCCUUAAUCCUUCUCUUCUAAUCUCUCUGUUGAAUCUUUGUAAUGUUAGUAGUAGUUAUGAAAGGAAUAAAGCCCAUUGUUGAAUAAUUUCUUUUCUUCGCAUUGAUGAUGCACAACAUCGAAAACAUAAAAGAGACAAAAUAGAGCUUGAUGCACCUCUAUGUCAGUAAAAGCUAAUAGAUCCUCUUGAA